AAAUUCUUAAUACACCGCUGUGAAUAUAGAAAAAAGUAGAUAUGUUUGUUUAACUAUUAAAAUUAGACAGCAUUUUUGAAAGGAGAAACAUGUUCGAAGCUUCAUGGUGGAUUUCAUUAUGUUUGUCAAACCCAAGAUGGCGGAUCCAAGAUGGCCGCCGUCAAAAAUCCGACUACAAAUUAUUUUGUCAAACAUUAUUUCAAUGGUAACGUCUUUAACGUUAUUAAUAAUAAACACAAAGGGCAUCUACACAGCGAAGUUUGGUUAACUUAGCUGCAAAACGGGCCGAGUUAUUAAAGAAAUAUAAAUAUAUGCAUAAAUUAACACACAUUAUGCGGAAUUACGUCAAAAAAAUAUCAAAACGCGGUCGGAAAUAUUGGCCCCCAGCAUAUACUAAUUAUUCAACCCAUAAUAGACCCAAAACAGCAAAAAAAAAUCGAUUUCAGCACGAAAAUCGCACGGGAUUACACGUCGCACCACACUAUAAAAGGCGAGGGGCUUGAAUGAUGACGUCAUAAUCCAUUUAGGCCGCCAUAUUUGUGUUUCCAGAAAAGGAAAUACUCUGAGCUGAUUAUAGUAAAGGACGUAUUAUGAAGGCUCUUAAAUCUAGCUACGCCCGAUGGACUUAACCUUUGCGUUUAUUAUUCAACAGAAAACGCUGCCAUGACAACCGCAGAGGAGGUAGCGAUCGUCGUCGCCUUCUCCAUAGUAACCGUGAUUGGCGUGACAGGGAAUAUCCUCGUCUGCCUCGUGGUGCUACUAAACAAGCCGAUGCGAACGCCCAUGAACUAUCUCCUUGUGAACCUCGCCAUCAGCGAUCUUCUUCUUCUCAUCUUCUUCAGCCCAACCUUCAUCUUCAAGGGGGCCUACACACACCCAGGGGGUUUGGCAGGGGAUGUAUUGUGCUCUCUGGUGACGGGGGAAAGCUUUGCGUGGAUGGGAGGCUACGCGUCGGCGCUCUUCCUUGUCGCCAUAGCAAUAGAGAGGUUUUACGCCGUCACAAAUCCCCACAGUAAUCUUGUGAGCAUCACGAACAGCAAUCUUAAAAUCCUGGUGGUUGUUUGCUGGCUGUUCGCCAUCGCCUGGAACGCCAUUGGCUUCAUCGUCAAGCGCUACAACGAACAACUCGGUUUCUGCACCAUGGAGUGGCCAGCGGACUACUCCUUCAAGGUGUACAGCGCGCUAUGCUUUGUGGUCCUAGGGGUGAUCCCUAUUUGCACCAUGUGUGUACUUUACUCGAGGGUUAUCCACCAGUUGUGGUUCAGGCGCGAAGUGGAGCAGGUGAAUAACCAGGAGGCGGACAGACAGCGCCGGAAAAAGGCUACCAAGAUGGUGAUUGUGGUCAGCUUUAUCUACGCUCUCUCGUGGAUUCCAGAGCUCAGUAUCUUUCUCAUCGUGGCGUAUGCGCCCACAAGCAUCCGCGUAGAUAUCGCCUAUCCCGCUUCUGUCGCUAUGGUGACGUUCAAUUCGGCAAUCAAUCCAAUAAUAUACAGCUUCCAUAAUGAACGUUUCAGACGACAUCUUUUGAACCUGCUGCGAUGUAGGGUGUCCGGCGGUCGGGUUGCCCCUAACAACCGAACUGUAGGUGCAGGUCAUAAUAACACGUCGGCUGGUCUGCCGAGCAUUUCGAUGUCAGACAAUGCGAACAAGUCUAUCGCUGGGAAUAAGUUGGAAAAUCAAGCAUGCUAAUCUCUUUUUAUGUAGGACUAACAUGAAAGAGCAUUAGAAUACUUUUUGUUAGGUAGAAUUUAAAUGCUUAUUCUAUAUUCUAACAUAUUUCCAUACGCUCUUUAAUCAUCAUCAUCAUUAUUAUGAUUAUCAUUAUUAGAAUGAGUAUCGCUUUUACUUCACUGGGGGAUAAAAGGCGCGUAUCCAGGAUUGGAUCAAUCAUAGGUAUCAUACCAUUCCUUAAUAAAAAACGCCCCACUUUUUGGCAGCCAAGGGGAGAGGGAAUUGCCCCCCUCCCCCCUCCCCCGUGUACGCGAGAUGAUACUAAUUACCUGCACAAGUUUGGACACUUCUAGCUUUCCGUAGUGCCCAAAACAGCCAAUUCUAGUAUUCGAGUUCUACCCCUCCCUUCCAUCCUGUAACCAUUGUACAUAAUUUCAUUGCAUCUAGCAAAUAAGAUGAACAAUCAAUUGCCAUUCGAAAACAGACACAGCGUAAAAAUAGACAACUGUAGAUUUGAAUGACUUACAAAGGUGUUAUAUCUUUGUUGUAAAUGCUGGAUUGUCUCGUUUUAAAAAUACAUCAUGUGUGAUGCAUGCCUAUCACAAAUGUAAUAAUAGAUAUAUAUGUUGUAAAUAAUGUACAUUCUUUUGAUAAGAACUCCUUCAUCUCACUUGAGGGUGGGCCGUUCUUAUUUUUGGAGCCAGUGCUGAAAAACGCAAGAUUAGUUCCAGAACCGCGCGGUUGAUCCUUUUUGUUUUGAAAUGGCGGCUUUUUACCGGCGAACUGUCAAAUUUUGGCGAAUUCAGAGAAAUGUAGCGCAAAACUAGGGCUAUAAUUUUAUAAAAGAAAAGAAUGUAUUCAAUUCACUUAAUGCAAAAGUACUGUAUACGUCAACCUUAAAUAUACAAUGCUCAUUGUGUGUGAGCUUAUUGUCAUGUGAAUUUAAAUUCAACGUGUAUUUGACGCAAAAAAGAGAUCUGUUUAAUACGA